AUGCCUGGUAGAUCGAAUAUGGAUGUGGAUAAUGAUCCCAUUCUUCGACAGGAAGCAGUUCCUAGGAUAUCACAAGCUGAUAUAGAGUUAUCUCGCCAUCGUAUAUCUGUAUUCUUGUCUACGCAUACUGCUUAUGAAUUACUUCCUGACUCUGGCAAGGUCAUUGCCUUGGACGUGAAUUUACCAGUGAAGCAAGCAUUUCAUAUUCUCUAUGAACAGGGAAUUCCUGUGGCUCCUCUCUGGGAUUUUUGCAAGGGCCGAUUUGUUGGAGUUCUCAGUGCACUAGAUUUCAUCUUGAUUCUCAGAGAGCUUGGGAAUCAUGGAUCGAAUUUGACGGAGGAAGAGCUUGAGACACACACUAUUUCAGCAUGGAAAGAGGUGAAAUUACAUCUCUCCAGGCAAAUUGAUGGCAAUGCAAGAUCGUAUUCAAGACAUCUUGUACACAUGGUGAAGCACAGGAGAAUGAUGGAGCGGAUGAUGGUUCUUCUAUUCAUUCCUCUCUUAUCUCUGCAGUCAGAUCCUGCUACUGAGCACUGGUCUUUUAUUGUCUUUCAAUUUCUCAUCAAAAAUCCCACUCCAAUAAGCUCUAAUCCUCUCCCUACUCUUUCGGUCUUCAAAUUAGCAUCCAACCCCCAAAAAAUGUUUCUGUUCAAAGUUUUCAGGAACAUAAGUUAUAUUAAACCAAGCAAAGUUGAAGGCCAAGCAACACUUGAAGAUGGCUUCUACCAAGAGUUUUGCGGAAUAGAACUUUUAUGGAACCACUUUCUUCCCCAAACCCUACAUGCUACUUCCAAUUUUUAG